UUUCUUACUGCGGUUAAUGACGGGUUACGGAAGGUGUUGUUUCAGGUCAUGAACCAUGUUGUGGCUUGGUUGAACGCGAUAUCGACGAUGAUCUUCGACCGACGGGACAACAAUAAGCCGCCUUUACGGGCUGACCCUGCCGCAACACUGAAGCAUUAUUCGGACCAAAAUGACCGGAAGGCUGAGAAAAGGUUUGAUGCUUUCUUCUGGGAUCAGAAAUAUCCUCUUUUAGCCCCUGAGGCUGCUCCUAUCCUCCUGCACCUGGAAGUUCUUGAUUUUCUAGUGAAGCAUCUCAACGACUUCAGAAACCCAGCAGUCAAGCUAUACCUCGAUCAAGCGCCUAAAGAAAUCGACUACGCUUAG